AAAUUAUUGUUAAUAGCCAUCUAAUUAAUAUUUAAGAUAGAUUAUUAUCACGCUAGCUCUAAUACUGACAAGUAAAUGUACCAAUGGUUGUAAAAGUGGCUCCGCCCUUUGGUCAUUGAUGAUUUCAUAUCAUACGCGUAGAUAGAGGGCGUAGUGAGAGUCAGCUGAUUUCAGAGCGGCUCUCUGUGUCGUUCAUCUGGUAUUACUCCAUAUACAUUCCACUGUAAUUAUACGAUUCCACUUCACUUUUGCCAGCUCUCGUUCACGUUCACAUGCUGUUGUUGUUGGUCGUUUGACAAUCCGUCUUAAUCAUCGAAAAUCGGAUCAGUGCCACGAUAGAGAUGACGCACGUUGCUUAAAAUAACGUUCGGCUUUAGUUAUUAACCGGAUCAAAGUAAGCAUAUCUCCCAUUUCCCCUAUAUUCCCGCGUACUUGUAGCAACAGUUUAAAAAGCAAUGCGACAGGCGUUUCUGAAACAGGUUCGUCGUUAUCCCUGGGUAACUAACGUCACGCUUUACGGCUGCCUGUUCGCCGGCGGGGACUUUGUCCAUCAAUGGCUCUUAAACAGAGACAGAAUGGAUUGGACCCACACCAGGAAUGUGGCCAUCGUCGCCUUCACUUUCCACGGCAACUUUAAUUUUUUCUGGAUGCGGUUCCUGGAGCGGACGUUACCGGGAAACUCGAUGAGGAUGGUCCUGAAGAAACUGCUCGUGGACCAAACCACAGCCGCGCCGCUGGCCACCUCGGUAUUCUACACAGGCCUCAGUGUUCUGGAGGGUAAAGAGGACAUCCUGGAGGACUUCAGAGCCAAGUUUCUGAACACAUACAGGACUGGACUGAUGUACUGGCCAUUCAUGCAGUUUCUGAACUUCUCCUUCGUACCUCUGUACAUGCGCACCACCUACACCGGCUGCUGUGCCUUCGUCUGGGCCAUCUUCAUGUGCUUUUCACAACAGCGAGGCGAUGGAACUGCUUCUGCUGCUCUGGCUUUGAUCUUUUCCCCAAAGGACAAAGAGUCGGAGCCUGAAGAGAGGAAAGUACACACUGAGGUCAAGGGUGUGGCUCUGAAGGAGGAAGCAGUGAAAUCUCCUCAGAACUGAAACAUAUACUUUUUUUUUAAAUUUCAGUCGAACACUGACAGAAUUUUACAUCCUACUGAAACAUGUUAAUGAAUCUAUUUAUAAUAUAUAUUUUAAAUACUUUAUACAUCCUGGUUCACAGCAGAUGACUGAGGAUGUCAGUAGAGUGUGGGACAGAAGCUGUUGUGAUGACGAGGCUCAGGUAACGUUGUCAUACAUUCCUCUGACGUACAUUUGAAACAGUGGUUCUCAAUGUUUUUACACCUCGUACCACCUUUAAAGAAAAAAAUACUUAGAAAAUGGUUUAUUACAUGGUGCUAUGUCAUAGUACUACAACAGCUGGUACUUCACAUUUCAAUUCAAAUGUAAAUCAACUUCUCUCCCUGGUACCACUGAAGGGAGCCAAGGUGCCACCAGACGUAUGCACACCAUAGUUUGAGAACCAUUGGUCAAAAUGAACAUGGUAGAAGUGUGGGACAGACGUCAGUUUCCCCUGUGCUCAGAGGCAGCUAACACAUACGGUAAUAAUUUAUGGACCAAGAUAAUGAGUUAAAAUCCUGAGACGUGUCAAAAGUGUCUCAUUAACUGGAAGAUGGUACUAGUAGCAAUAUUUAGCUAACUGUGAGUCACUGCUGACAAUUUUAUCACGAGGUCAUUUCCAGAUUUUUAGAGGAAAGUUCUAUCUGUCAAAGCCAAAAGGUAAAAAAGGGUAAAAACUCUGGCAUUUUGCAUCAGUGUGUGUUUAAAUAUUGUGAAAAUGUGAGGUUAAUGAAUGUUGUCUCACGUCCUUUUACUUGAAUGUUAAACAGACGCCUGAGUAACAAUGUCAUACCGUUAAAGAGAGCUCUGUUGUUUCUGUUUAUAUUACCAGUUUUACUACACUUUUCUAUGGUUAUGGUGGUGGUUUUUACAGUUCAUCUCUGUAAUAAUGUUACACUAUUGUCUUUUUGUCAUGCUAGUACUUUUUUAUCAAACAUUUAAUUGUUAUAGAAUACACAAAACUCAUGAUAUGGUUAAAGACGACAGCUGUGUGUUACCUACAGUUGGUCCUGAGCUCUUCUCCCACAAAACUGAAGUAUCAGACAUACACAUAUCAUAGUCAAGCCUUACACAAGAAGUCAGACGGACAAGAAAAGUCAUGUAAAGGUAUAAAAAAAAGAAAAGAAAAGAAAUGUGCAUGGAAUUAGCGUUAUGGCAUAAGAACAGACAGUUGUUUUGCUUGUCAGUAGUACGUUGUUGAAAUCGUCUUCCUCUCAUCUUUGGGUUGUAACUGACAGUUUAGAGCAGGGGUGUCAAACUCAUUUUCACCAGUGGGCCGCAUCAGCAGUACGGUUCCCUUUAAAGUUUUUUUGUGUCCUGGCUGCAGGACGCUCCACACAAGUAAACAAACAUUAAACAAGACUUCAAUUUAAAAAGUGCCCCUUAAACCUUUGCAUUUGGUGCGAUAUUAAUUUGCAUUCAAUUCAGUUUCCACACGAAUUGUGUGUGUGUGUGUUUUUGUGUGUAAGAGUGAGUGGUUGGUAUGAGA